AAGAUCCGGCCCAGGGAAGAAUGUGUAAGGAAACUGACCUGGCUUUCUCGGGAUUUCUUCUGGAAAAAAGGCUGUUACACGUAACAAUUCAAGAUCAAGAAGGAGGAACAACAGAAACUAUGUUUAGGAUGCUUCAUGCCUCCUGGUUCACAGCCUGCUGUGAUGAGGGUUUGACAAUCCAAAGAAAUGCCAGCAGGUAAACAGACCCCAGAGGGUCAGGGAGCCCAGGAGCCAGAGGUGGCCUGUGCAGAGGUCUGAUUUGCAUAGCCCCGCCCUUCCUGGGAAGAGAAAGCAGCUAUGGAUAUAAGGGGCAGCUGACUCAUGAGGCAAGGCUGCAGUCAGCAAACACUCCUGGCCUCAGGAUGGAGAAUGGUCUCUGCAGCAUCCAAGCCAGGGAGCUGGACGAGUUCAUAUGUGAUUACCUCUUUCCUGACACCACCUUCCUUACUGAGCUCAGAGCAGACAUCGACUCCAUAAGUGCUUUCCUGAAGGAGAGAUGCUUCCAAGGUGCCGCCCAUCCUGUGAGGGUCUCCAGGGUUGUGAUGGGCGGCUCCUAUGAUGAACACACUGCACUCAAGGGCAAGUCAGAGGCCAAAAUGGUGUUGUUCUUUAACAAUCUCACCAGCUUUGAGGAGCAGUUAAAGCGACGGGGAGAGUUCGUUGAGGAAAUUCAGAAACACCUGUGUCAGCUGCAGCAAGAGAAACCAUUUAAAGUGAAGUUUGAGGUGCAGAGCUCAGAGGAGCCCAACUCCAGGUCUCUGAGCUUCAAGCUGAGCUCCCCCGAGCUCCAGCAGGAGGUGGAAUUUGAUGUGCAGCCAGCCUAUGAUGUCCUAUAUGAACUGAGAAACAACACGUAUGCUGAACCCCAAUUCUACAACAAAGUCUACGCCCAACUCAUCCAUGAGUGCACCACCCUGGAGAAGGAGGGCGAUUUCUCCAUCUGCUUCACCGACCUCCAUCAGAACUUCAUGAGGUAUCGUGCGCCCAAGCUCUGGAACCUCAUCCGUCUGGUCAAGCACUGGUAUCAACUGUGUAAGGAGAAGCUGAGGGAGCCGCUGCCCCCACAGUACGCCCUGGAGCUGCUCACUGUCUAUGUAUGGGAACAUUCGAAUAAAAAUCAAGAAAAAGUAACCACAGCCAAGAACUUCCGGACCUUCUUAGAACUGGUCGCCUAUUACAAGAAUCUUCGAAUCUACUGGACAUGGUAUUAUGACUUCCGACAUCAAGAGGUCUGUGCCUACCUGUGCAGACAGCUCAAAAAAGCCAGGCCUCUGAUCCUGGAUCCAGCAGACCCAACAAGGAACGUGGCUGGUUCAGACUUACAGGCAUGGGACCUGCUGGCAAAGGAGGCUCAGACCUGGAUGCAGUCCUCUUGCUUUAGAAACUGUGAUAUGUCCUUUGUGCCCACCUGGGAUUUGUCGCCAGAGAGACAAGAAUGUGCCUUCCAGUGAGCAGUGCAGCGCUUGCUCUGAAGGCUCCAGAGUCAGGGGCAUACCUUCCUCUGCUGCAAGACCUUGACCUAGAGAGGACAGGAUGGCACUCAAGGCUCCAGUGAGGGGCAUCCAGCCUGUGAUCAGACUCCAGGCUUCUGAUCCCUGACUGCCCAUGGAUAGCCUUCCUCACAGGCUGCUUCAUCUGCCUUAGCUUCCAACAGUGUUCUCUGGGAGUCAGACUGUGAUGGACAGAGAAGAACGCAAGCUCGACUUCCAUCUGUCCACCUGUUGGGAGGUUCUGUCCAACAGUGGCUGAUUGUCAUCAACAAACCACAGCAAGCCAUGGGGGAGGGUGCACUCUGAGAGAAGGAACCUUUAAGUACACUUGUGUGUCUGUGUGUUUAAGGAUGUGGUGUGUCCAUAUGCAACUAGAAACCUUGAGCACGUGUUACAAGCUCCACAUGGGCCCAGGUAAUUGCCAGAAAGGGGUGGACAGAGAAAAACCAAACUGUUACACGUAUUGAUGUUGGGUAGCUUGGGAUCCUUCUAGAUCUCUGAUGCAAGAAACCCAGACUAGAAUCCAUGGCUCCUGCUGUCCAUUCUCCUGUGACAAAAUUUUAGGCCUUCCCCAUCCCACACAGAAACUGUUCUCCAACCACACAUGACCCUGGAGCCCUGGGAAUCUGGCCAGCGUGCAUCGUGGUGCACUGAUUCUGCAGCAUGCAGGCUGAGGUCCACAGCAGUGUGGGAAACUAUGUGCAAUUUGUGACCAGUGAUGACUUGAAAGCUUAGCUGUCUGUGUGAGGGUGAGAUUUGAAGCACUGAAUUAAAUCACAAUGCACUGACUCGAACU